AUGGAUCCGGCGGGAACCCCGUCGGGCACAGGUCCCACUGGGGAUAUGACCAAGCGUCCUGCGUCGCCAUCACCUGCGAAUGCGUCAGACGCCACUACCAACAGAUCGGCUUUCGACGAUGGUCCAGCAUCAAAGAAACUAAAAACUGAAGAACCCGAUCAAGCAAGCUCCCUGGACAGGCGUAAAGGCAUUGCUCCUAUCAAAGUAGAGUAUCUCCUGCAACCAGGUUCUGUGCAGUCACUCCCUCCGGCUCCGGACGAUGAUGCUGCGGAGGCAAGAUCCAAUACGAUUGAUGGUUCGGAGGCUCCAGCUGGUGGACGCAAAUUCACCAAGGCCGAGAAGAAGGCUCGUACGGGACAAAAUAAAGCCCGACGAUUCGGAAAGUACGGUGAAUAUGUCGGGCUAUGCCGCUCUCGUGCCCUGGUAAACGAAUUCUCAAAAGCAGACUGUGGCUUCGGGGACAAGUGCCGCGAAAGCCACGAUAUCAGAGAAUACCUUGAUCAGAGAGAGAAUUUGAACGACACUGUAUGUCCGGUGUGGGCUGACAUAGGGAAAUGUCCCGUUGGUUGGAAGUGUAAAUGGAUCAAAUCGCAUAUGCAAGACGUCGAGGUGCCGUCGGCGGACCCUACUACAGGGGCUACAAGAAAGGAGCUGCAGCUCAUCAUCGAUGAAGACAAAUACGACAAGUAUAUCGCUGCACAAGGCGUAGCAGGUAGUCUCAAGAACGAAAUAUCCGCAGAAACGAAAAGGGCUCUUAGCCGUAAGCAGUUUACCUAUGAAAGGAGCGACCCUUUUCUCAAGUAUCUGGACGAGACAUCUGGGGAGGAGAGGCGAGACAACAAUGCAUCCUACCGAGAAGCACGCUUCAGGCCCUCCGAGAAACGACGACUCCAUAUAUCAGCUGAAACCCCACUCCUCGCUCCACUCACAACGACAGGGAACCUUCCUUUCCGACGGUUGUGUACCACUCUCGGAGCCUCCAUCACAUAUUCAGAAAUGGCUAUGUCUAUUCCCCUGAUCAAGGGUGAGAAGAGCGAAUGGGCACUUAUUCGAGCUCAUAGCUCAGAGAAAAAUUUCGGCGUGCAAAUAUCCGCCAAAAAACCAUGGGAGGCCUUGAAAGCCACAGAAGUGCUCGCACACUAUUGUCCAUCACUCAACCUCAUUGAUAUGAACUCCGGAUGCCCAAUAGAUCUUGUCUGCAGACCCGGGGGCGGAGCAGCACUCCUGGAGCAGCAAUCGAAAUUAAGCAAGAUGAUGCGGGGUAUGAACUAUGUGAGUGGUGAGAUCCCUAUUACAGUCAAGAUCAGAACCGGAUGCUCCGAUAAACAUCCAGUUGCACAGAAGGUUAUCCGAAGGUUGAUUGAUGAAGGAGAUGUUGCGGCAAUUACUCUUCACGGCCGUUCCAGGCAGCAGCGGUAUUCUCGUGAGGCUGAUUGGGGAUAUAUUGCUGAAUGCGCUGCUCUUAUCCAUCGAUUAAAGGAAGAGAAGCAAGAAGCAAUGGAUACAUCCGAAGACGAUAAAGAAAAAAGUGAAUCAAGAAGAUUGGUUCCAUACUUUAUCGGCAACGGCGACUGUUACUCUUACGAGGAUUACUACCGUGCUGUGGAUGACUGUCAUGUGGACUCUGUCUUAAUCGCUAGAGGAGCUCUCAUGAAACCUUGGAUCUUUGAAGAGAUCCAUGCGAAACAGUACUUAGACAAAACUGCAACUGAGCGCCUUGCAUACGUAGAGCAGUUCGCAAAGUAUGGAUUAGAUUGUUGGGGUAGCGACGAGAUGGGUGUGAACAAUACUCGCCGAUUCCUAUGCGAGUAUUUGAGUUUCACACAUAGGUAUGUCCCCGUAGGGCUGUUGGAAGUUCUACCUCCGCGGAUCCAGGAUAGGCCGCCGAGGUUCAAAGGUAGGAAUGAGCUUGAGACAUUGUUGGCAAGUGAUGAUUACCGGGACUGGGUCAAGAUUAGUGAUAUGUUCCUGGGGAAGGCGGGCGAGGACUUCAAGUUUGUGCCCAAGCAUAAGAGUAAUUCAUAUGAUACCGUUGAUGCAGAAGGCUAA